CUACAGAGGUGUCACAAUAAAGGCACACCCACCAACUGAGCAGCUGCCCGCUUAACAGCUCUGACAUCAAUCGGUGCGAAAUGAAGGACGACGCCGUGCUCCGGGCAUCGGUUUGCUGGGUAGGGGCCGCCGUGGUAUUGACGGGGAUAUACACCCACUACUCCUUCAAGAAAAUGGCCGCCACUUACCUCUUUGGGAUGUUCGCCGUCUGCGCCGUGAUGUUGCCGGAUUGGGACUUCUUUGACCGCCUCGUCUCCCAGUGGUUCACCCCACUCACCCUUAUCUCCCCCAACCAAUCCCCGAGCAAACACUCUCCUCCCUCCAGUCACAGGUUUAGAUUUUAUCCGGUGAGGACGGCUAUUUACGCGGCCAUGUACGGCGUUGGUUUCUACAAGUGGUGGACCUUCGUCAUAUCUUCAUCCUAGCUAUUAGACUUGCUUUGGCCGGUGAUCUCAAAAAUGGUGGCACGAUUGCAGGUUGAGCCCAUCUUUUCUCACCAAAAGAAUUACAAACUCAGGACAGAUAUGUACUCUAUGACGGGCUAUUAUAUUAAAUGUAAGACAAAAUCUCUUUGUUUAUGGUAGCAUAUUUUGUCCAUUUGGAUCAAUUAACAUAUUGCAAUUGUAAAAUUUAGUAUAAAUAAAUGAAAUGAUAAAUUAAACCAAACAAAUACGGACUAGAAAUAGUUUUAAGAAGUAGACUUAAACAUUCUUAUAGUUUAUGAGCAUUGUUUCUCAAAUUGUUAUUUA